CCCCUGCCUCCCCCGCCGCUUUCCGGGAUGGUUCGCGCCAAGCGCGCGAGGCUUGAAGUGCCGGACGUGGGCGCGCUUCUGUCAGGCAGCUUGUCUGCGCCGCACCAUGGAUUCUCAGCUGGCGGAGGCUCACGCCCUGGAAGGCGAGAUCACUGCCUUGAGGCGGGCGUGCGUGGAGCCGCCGGCGCCCCGGGAGGGCUCCUCCCGAGUUCGAAAAUCAUUUCAAGAAAAAUGCCAAUCAAAUUCUGAAGGAUGGGAAUUGUCAAAAGAUCUGAGACGUCGUCUUGGGCAUUUAGAAUCAGAACUUCAAUUUCUAAGUACGCUUACUGGCAUCAGUAUAAGAAAUUACUCCAAGAAGACAGAGGACCUAACAAGCACUGAGAUGACAGAAAAGAAUAUAAAGAAAGUUCUGCAGAGACACAGAUUAUCAGGAAAUUGCCACAUGAUUACGUUUCAACUUGAAUUUCAGAUUCUGGAAAUCCAGAAUAAGGAGAGUUUAUCUUCUGUUAUUACUGACCUCAGCAUAAUAAUGGAGCCCACUGAAUAUUCAGAAUUAAGUGAAUUUGUGUCCAGAGUAGAAGAAAGAAGAGAUCUGUUUAUGUUUUUCCGAAGCCUGCACUUCUUUGUGGGAUGGUGUGAAUAUCGUAAGCGCACGUUUAAACGUUUCAAGGAGAAGUACCCAGAAGCCGUGCACCUCCCAGAGGGGGCCUCCUCCAGCUGCAUGGGCAUCAGAAGCCCCCGCCAGCCAGGGUUUGAACUAGUCAUUGUUUGGAGGAUACAAAUAGAUGAAGAAGGGAAGGUUUUGCCCAAGCUGGAUCUUCUCACCAAAGUGCCACUGCGAGCCCUGGAACUGGACAAGAAGAGAGUCAUAGAAACGGCGCCUCUCAGCUUCCGAACCCUCCUGGGCGUGCUGGGCAUUGAAGCGGCUCUAGAAAGCCUGAUUAAAUCACUUCACACAGACGGAAGCAGCGAGUUCCCCAACAGCGGACAACCACACGUAGGAGGGAGAGGCGUGUGAGUUUAUUGAAUAUAAACAUCGGCUCUUUUCUGUGUAGAAACCUUACCUUUAGAACAUGUUUAUGCAACUCUGGCACAUUAUACAUACGUUGUCAGAACAUGGAAAUAAAUACAGUUAUAUAAAUUCAAAA